UACGCAUGCGCAUUGACAUUCAGGAACUAGUAGACGCUGUAUUGACCGGGCGGUUCCGGUGCAGCUGAUUCUUGCUAAAUAUUGACCGAGCCGCACCACCAUGAUGUCCUCCUGUCAGUGUCUCCUCCUCCUGCUGAGUGCGGCAGUCUCAGCGGUGGAAGUCCAACGCCCUCGGGGUGUCCCUUUGUCAAAACGGCAAUUCUAUGAAGAGGACAAACCUUUCACUUGCCUGGAUGGCUCGCGCACUAUUCCCUUUGACAGAGUGAAUGAUGACUACUGUGACUGCCAGGACGGCUCUGAUGAGCCAGGCACUGCUGCUUGUCCCAACGGCAGCUUCCACUGCACCAAUGCAGGUUUCCGACCAAGCUUCAUCCCUUCUUCCCGCAUCAAUGACGGAAUCUGUGACUGCUGUGACACAACAGAUGAAUACAACAGUGGUGCUACCUGUCAGAACACCUGCAGGGAGAUGGGGCGCAAAGAGAGGGAGAGCCUACAGAAGAUGGCAGAGAUUGCAAAGGAGGGCUUUCUGCUUAAACAGCAACUUAUCCAGGAGGCCAAAAGGGGCAUCGAGGAUAAGAAGACCAAACUUGCAGAUGUUCAGGUCACUAAGACCGACUUGGAAAAGAAAGUGGAGGAUCUAAGAACUGUUAAGGAGACUGCAGAGCAGCCUGAGAAAGAAGCCAAAGAGCGCCAUCUGAAGGCCUGGGAAGACCAGAAGGCAAUUAUUCAAAUGGAGAAGGACAAGGCUAGAAUGGCUGAGGUGUUUCUUGAACUGGAUGAGGAUGCAGAUAACUUUGUCUCAGUGGCUGAGCUUCUGUCCCACUCUGAGCUUGACCCAGAUUCAGACGGUUCAUUCACAGAAGCAGAGGCACAGGGUCUGCUUGGAGGAGUGGACCAAGUUAAUACUGUUGCAUUUGAGUCUGUUUGGAAUAGCAUUAAAGAAAAAUACAUAUCAGAGGCCACUGCAGACACUCCAGCACCUGUGGAGACUCCACCAGAGGACAUUAGGGAGCCAGUCCCUGACAAUGACUCUGAGCAGUACCCUGAAGAUGACAUCCCAGAUGAUGAAGAGGAAGAUGAUGAAGAGGAUGAAGACGAUGACCCAGAUGAUGCUGACUAUAAGAUCCCUCCUACGACACAGACCCAAGAAAAGAAAAAUGACGAGGACGAGGGGACUAUGCCACCCUACGACCAAGAAACACAGAACCUCAUUGAUGCUGCUCAGUUAGCCAGAGAUGCAUUUGAUGAAUCGGAGAGAGCUCUCCGGGAAGUUGAUGAUCAGAUCAAGAACCUUGAGAAGGAAAUCUCCUUUGACUUUGGACCCAGUGCUGAGUUUGCUUACCUCUAUAGCAAGUGUUAUGAGUUGACGACUAGCGAGUACAUCUACAGGCUCUGUCCGUUCAACAGAGUAUCCCAGAAACCCAAGUAUGGUGGAUCAGAAACUAACCUGGGAACAUGGGGACAAUGGGCAGGUCCUGAGGAUAACAUCUACGCUGUGAUGAAGUAUGAGCAUGGAACAGGGUGCUGGCAAGGCCCGAACAGAUCCACCACAAUCAAGUUAACGUGUGGAAAGGAGACAGUUGUGACAUCUACCUCAGAGCCCAGUCGCUGCGAGUACCUGAUGGAGUUUAUUACCCCUGCUGUCUGCCACGAGCCUCCAAGCUUGGAUUCAGGGCUUCAUGGGCACGAAGAGCUCUAGAUCCAAUUGAUUUGUUGUUCUUGAGGGACCACAGUCACUGCAGCAACAGGAAGUUGCCAUGCUGUGAGCGGCACCACCUUGGCGUCGAUAAAUAAUGAGAAUAAGUGAUGGAAAUUCCAAUGAGUAGUUAUCUCAUCUACACAUCAAACUUUCACUGCUACCUAUUGUAUUGUUUCUGAUUUGUGUCAAAUGUAGUCAUUCCAUUCUUAUCAAAUAAAGUACAUUUUAACAUAUUCCAAACUUGUGUCUGUUUUGAACAUUUUAUAAAACUCCCAAUUUCUUAUACAGGGUCCUUAAAAAGUCUUGAAUGUUUAUGUUUUUAAGCUUAGGAAUAUGCUUGAACUUGAACAUCCUCCUUAGAAUAAAAGCCUGCAUUUGUGUUCCAUCUACAAAAUCACUCAUGUAAGCCAAAAAUAUUUUAGUAUUUCAAAUUUUAAAAUCCUUUUAAUGCUUAAUUUGUUUGUCUCACCCCAGGUAAGCUAUGACCAUUAUGAUCAAAACAUACAAUAAAAGUCAGACCUACUGGUGUCUUCAUGUCUACAUGAAUUCAAACAUUUUUUUUGCAUUUGCAUUCGUAAGUAAUAAUUUAAAAGUGAUGAUAAAGGCUUUGAGAGUCUGAAAAUAUUUGGAUUUAAGUGCUUGAGUUUUAUUCCUAAAAACGGGGAUGAACACUUCUUAAAUCUAGGCUCUCAAUCAAUGCUGAUGGUUUCCAAAUUAACAAAUGCAUGCAAUUUUUACACAGCCAAAAAUUCUCUGCAUAGCUUUCAGCGCAUAUCCACGGUUCAGAGUGUCAUUUAGAACUCGUCAUACGGAUGCUUGGUUGGGACGUCACUUUUUAAUGCAUUUGGUACUCUGAUGCACUAAUUGUAUGCACGGCUUGUUCGACCACGACACCAAAAAACGGAGGCUCGGAUUACAUGAAAAACUUAAGGAAGCGUUGCUUCAUUCUCUGAUCAGGAUACAAUUACUAUACUUCUUUACAUAGCAAAUAGUUGAUAUAUUCAUGUUCUGAAUGCCAUGUUAACAUCUUUUUAAUUGACUAAAUUCUUCUAAAACAGCCUUAAAAAAAAGUAUAAAUCAGGAAGGAUUGUGUAGAAAACUUAAAAAUACAAUAUUUAAAGCAUUGAUAUAUUCAGUUCUUCACACUCUCAAACCAUUAAACAUAGUGCUUAGUCUGCAUUAGCUUAACAUAUAUGUCAAAUAUAUAUAAAAUAUAUACCUACUUAUAGCAAGACUGAUUAUUCUAAGGAAACAUCUUGGUACUGACAGAAACGUUUGGGUCAUAACAUUCAAUAAUAUUGUUUUGACAGUCAAUAAAAAUUGGGUCACUCAAUAUUUGUAACUUUUAUUUUAUUUUUUUUCUGGCAUGUAAAGUACAAAUAAUUAAACAAUUCCAUGAAAAAGUCUUCAAGCGUCUUCAGCUGAAAUCCCAGUAAUAAAUAUCCUAGACUAAACUGAAAGGUUUUUUUUUUCUUUGUUAAAUUUUGACAUUGUUCAUUUGGUCAUGUUUGGAAGUAUGAGAUUUUGUAUUUCUUCCACUGACAUUGGUGUCAGCAGAGCUGUUUUGAUCAUUUUCACCUUUUGAUUUGUUCUACCAUUCCAGGAAAAUGUAAGAAAAACAUCACUAAGUUACUGCGUCCCCUCUUCUAAAUAAAUAGACACAAAAUACAGUUGGUUGAGAAACAGAAGGACCACUCACCCCUUAACUACCCUAGAGACUCCCAAGAAAACCUUCCUGCAGCUUUUCUGAGCUCUUUAAUAUUUUGCCGGAACUCUUGGCUGGGUUUCCAAAUGCAUCUCGGCGCUAAAGAACAUCUUGGUUUCAGUAGCACAAUUUGAUAUAGAAAUUGAUACAGAUGAUCUCAACGUUACAAUGCUUUUACAGAAACAGAACCCUUGAUAUCUUUUUUUGUAAGUCAACCCAUCAGCGUAAACAGGAAAGCAUCUUGUGAGCACAUCAAACCAAGGACAUCCCCUCUGUUCCUGGCUAAUUGCUGGACCCUCAAAUGGGCCAAAGCCUCUCUACAGGGGCUGCCCCGUGCCUCAGGGGUUCACAGAGUGGUUGAAAAAACAAGACUGUGAUUAGAUUAAAUAAUUAAAAGAUUUUCAUUUAACAAGACAAACAGAACACAGGCAGUAAAGGCAUAACAUCUAGCACACAGCAUGUAUGUUUAUACACUUCAAUUAGUUAAAUAUAGCAGUGCAUUCUUUGACUAUGGAGAACGUUUCCAAAUCGUACUUCUAAAGCUGUUUUUCUAUUUGUCCCCCUUUUAAGAAACGAAAUGGUGUAACCACAAUUUUGGCAAACUUAAAAUCUUUUAAACUUGCAAAUAUAAUGAAAUAAACCAUAAAUAUACACAAAACAUACUUUAUACGAGGCAAUAAUAAUAAUCAUAAUAAAUAGUUUUUAAGUUAACAAUAAGUUAAAACUACAAGCUUAAAGUCGCCCAAAUAAUACAAGUUUGUUGGCGCUAUUUUGAAUUUUUUCUGUUUAAAUUAUUUUAUGUUGCAACAAAAGCUACCACAGACUUUUACAAACACAAUUGAACACAGUUUGAUUGAAAUAAAAAAUCUAACUAAGUCUAAAAUCUGCAUACACUGUAAAAACUGCAACUAAUUAAAUAAUGGAAGAAAAAUAAUAAACUGUACCCAAUCAAUGCAACCAAACAUAAUCUUUGACCCAUGUGUGUUCUCUAUGGCAACAUCAACAACACAAAUACGCUAAUUUAACAAGUGAGUCUUGAUAUGUAAAUGAAAUCAAUAAAUUACAGGAAAAAAAUGAUAUUUGAAAUUGACAUGGGCUAAAACUGAUGAUAUAUUAGACAGUAUUCCUUUCAAGGUCAUUGAGAAUUGCUCUAUUAAGUCAGCCAAAUAUGCAGUUUGUUUGAGCUUGCAUGGACAGAGCACAAAUUAGGGGCUGAGGAAGUGAUUAUGGAAAUCUACAGAUCAGACCUCUCGUUGCUUGUUUGAUUUUCUUAAUGAGUCUGCUCAUUUGAAUCGUUUUUGUCUGAACUUUUUCUCCUUUCACUAUUCCGCAAACCUUUUCAGUGUGACGUUUAAUUUAUUUUUUAAAAAAUAUAUAUCAUUUGUUCUCAGUCAAUAUAAAAACAAAGCACAUUGCACUUACUGUUCCAUAGGAAAGUUUUUUUGUCUUUUUAAAUGAUUUGUUGUUGCUCAAGCAGUGUAGUACUGUUUCCUGCCAUGGUCCUUGGCUCUCUACUGUACAUCAGGUGUAGGUCUUUGUAUAGACUGUGUAUGAAAGGUCAUUUCAGGCUGUGGGUUUGGUUUGUGGGUUGACUGUACUACAUCGGACAUGGCUGGGCAAACAACUCCAGCUGCAGUUCAACGUUGCCUGUUAUCUUGGUUGUUCGUAACGUCUAUCACUGGUCUCACCAAGUGCUCAGUCCUACGGUGCUAUCUCUUGCAAUUUGCUCGACCCCAAUAGUUAAUUAGUCCUUUUUUUGUGGUCAGCUCUGGAAACGCCAGCAACAAUCAUUCGGAGUAUUUCGGGGGAUGAAACAGUAUGAGUCAAAUCCAAAGAUGCCAGAGUAAGUGGUGCAAUGUUAACGUUUUAGAAGGAUUAAAUUGGUCACAAGACAAAGCCGAUAUAAAUGUUGGGGGAAAUGCAUAUGGUUGCAUCCAAUUUUUUCCUUUGUCAAGAGGUGAACUGAUUCAUUGUCAUUUAUUUUUGAUAUGCCUUUUUUAUCAUUCGGUGUGUGUGCAUGAAAUUUGUGCAAAUGGGAUUGCUUGUAACUGUUUCAUUUUAGCAUUUGGUUUAGUUGUUAUAGGAUUUACAAAUGCAAACUGAUAUGCGCAACUUAGGUAUUUAAAAGUAAUGAUAACUGAAAUUGUAGAGGGUCCUUAUUCAAUAAAUAACAUAGAUUUGUACAGCAAUUACUCAGGGAAUAAUAUAGUUAGUCUUAAUUUAUCCUUCUUGGUACUGACUUGCAAAGCAUUUCUUUGGCAAAAAUCAAAUCUAUCUAAUCAUAAAGAAUCAUGCUUAGUGUUCAUUAUGAAUCUGCAUCACUGUUUGAAUCUGCGUUUUACCUUUUUAUUUGCAAGCAGCUAUUCAGUUUUUCAGCUGGGCAAUGAGCUGGUCUCACUGCAGCUUUGUCUGGGAUUCUCAAGUCAAAGAACUUCACUUCACUGCACCAUCAUUGAAGCAACACUGUACACAACUUCAGGACAAGAGAUGAGAGUGUCUAAGCACUCAAAAGAAUAGAUGUGUCUGUCAGGUUAGACCCUGAACUGUUGAAUUUCUUUCUCUCUUUCUUUUUUUUUUUGUACAUCAAAUUUGUUUUUGUUAGUUUGUUUCAAUUGUUGUGAUAUGGUCAAACGGUUAAGUUUGUACGAGAUAUAAUGUUCCUUCGCCCCCUCCCUAAAUCCCCACCCAUACACCGCAUGCUUAUUCCCCCUUGCUCUGCAAAGAUCAGAGGGUUUAAAAUAAAGCCAUGCGAUGUCCCAAUUUUUCCAAGCUUAAGAAUCUGUAAAAAUUCAGCACAAGGUCUUGUUCCUUUGUAUGUAUAAAAAUAGAUUUAUCUCUAAUGUAAUCCUUUCAAAGAGAUCGUCCUCUUUGGCUAACACAGCGUCAUUUAGAAAAGCAAAAGCAAAAAUGUCUUGAAUAUAUUGACCUUAUUUAAUCUAUUAUCAUGUGCAGAUGUCUUGAUAUUAAAAGACAUUAGCUCUCCCCAUGGUAAAUUGUUAGUCUGGUCUGUAACAGACAUUUCAACUAGACAGGUUGGCCUUAAUGUUUCAUCAAGGAUGCCAUAAAUAAUUUUCAUGCAAUUGGGUUGGGGAUAUUUUGAGAAAUGCUAUUUUUGUGGUAGUGCCAAACAGAUCAGAAGCAAAUAAAUAAAUCCCUUUCUGUUGUAAACAGAAGUAUAAUUAUGACACUUAUUUGCAGGCUUGAUGUUGUACAGUCAUCUUUUUAGAGGGCAGGAGUUCAAAGUUUCUGGGAAGCUUUUAAGAGAAUUGAGGGGUUUUAAAUAAAACUGA